UUGUUUGAGAAGAAUAUUCCGAUAAAAGGACACUGUACAUGUCCAAUUGGAAAAUGUGGUGUGUGUUGUCAUAUCAUAGCUUUAUUGAUGUUUUUAGAACAUUACAGUAAGACAAAAACGACUAUCUUUGCUUUAUCAUGCACCGAAAAGCUCCAAAAAUGGCAUAGAAAAGGACUAAGAGCAGGAAUAGCAACUAAGGCAUCACACAUUUCCUUGAGAUCCGAAGAGAACGAAGAAAAUGCAAUAGAGGAAGAAAAAGGAAUGCAAGAAAGGAACGAAAGAUUGAUACUGAGAAUAUUGAUACAAAUGAUUUUUUUAAACGAGAUAUUGAAAUGAUGUCCCAAAAAGUAAAAGUAGGAUUAGACAAAGAAAAGCUACACUCACAUUUUUACAAAACACUUAUGAAACAUAAAAUGAUGUCAACUGGGCUUUCUAUGGAGCUUCAUUACAGAAACUCAUGGAGAGCAAGGGUUGUAUUUAUGGAUCAUGAUUACUGCCAAAAUGUGAAUAACUUGUUUGAUAACAGCAUCCUAAUAACUCAAGGCAAUGUACACAGUCAGGUCAGGCCUGAAAGCAGCUUACCUUCUAAUGAAAAUGAGGAAGAGCUAAUAAGUGAUCUAAAUGCUGACAAAGAAGUGCCAAUAGUGCAAGACCAAAAAAUGAUGUAUGAAAAUAAACGUGAGAUGUUGGAUCUCCAAAAAUCUUUCAAUGCAGCAGAAACAAAAACAGGGACCUAUGAAAUUAGACUUCCAUCAUACAAGCGUGUGCAGCCUUGUGGCUUCAAUUACAUAGCUGUUACACAGGGAACAAAUGAAUGGCAUUCUUUAAGAAUUGGUGUUAUUACGGCUAGUAAACUACCAAGUUUAUUGGGAUUUUGUGGACAUAAGCAAUUCAAUGAAGCAUGGUUUUGCAUUCACAAUAAAGUUGACGAGAGCACCCUGACCCCAAAAAGAUUCAAGAACUUCGAAAGAGGUGUAGAGUUUGAACCAAAGGCAAUUGAACACUUUGAGGAAAUGACAGGUGUGCCUGUUUCAAAAUCUGGAUACUUUCAUCAUCCCUUUGAUAGAAGGUAUGGUGCCAGUCCAGAUGGCCUGGCACAAACAUUUUUGGUGGAGGUCAAAACAANGUGGUCUACAGUAGUUAAUAGGCACCAGACAAAAUUUCUAAGCAAGUUUGUGAUGAUGCUAUACUCAGUAGACAGCAUUAUUGGGAGAAAUUAG